AAUUUCAUUAUGCCUAUAUAUUGAUGAUUUCGAAGUGUGCAACCCGCUAGGAACAUCUCGCAAAAAACAUAAACUUUGUGCGGUUUAUUGGAUUCUGGGGAACUUGCCGUCUAGUUGCAGCUCAGCCCUUUCCUCAAUCUACUUAGCAUUGUUGUGUAAAAGUGAAUUAAUUAAAUCUUUCGGUUAUGAAAAAGUAUUUGAACCUCUGCUGCGUGAUUUAGUCAGACUCGAGAAGCAAGGUUUAUUCGUGCCCCUCCUUGGUUCGGUUAUCAAGGGUACAGUUCAGUGUGUCAUCGCUGAUAAUCUGGGGGCCCAUGGGCUUGGAGGAUUUGUGGAGAAUUUUUCAGCUAAUUAUUUUUGUCGUUUCUGUACAGCCCACCUUUCUGAUAUCAAUACGCAUGAGGUAAAGACAGGAGCAUUUGAACGAAGAACAAAGGAAAAUCAUCUGCUUCAUAUCAAGACUGCUCAAGAACAAGCAUGAAGAAUGGCUGCUACUUUGAGGGUGAUACUUGGAGUGGACAAUUCAUCCAAGUUGAUUCUUCCUUCCGGAAUCCCUGGUUCAGUGGACAGGUUAAAAGAAGAAAUACAAAGACAGUUUGGAUUGACCGAAGAUUUCAGGUUGCAAUAUAGAGAUGCUGAGUUUGACAAUGAAUACAUGAACCUUACCACAACUGGGGACAUUAAAGACAAGAGCACAAUCAAAGUAAUUUACACACAAAACCCGGCGCCCUCCACUGUGCCCACCACAGCUUCCACAGCUGCCUCCACAGGAACAUCUUCACUGAUUGAUUCACCAUCCUUGCCAGACACUGACAUCCUUUCCUCUCCAGACUCCAGUGCCUCAUGUUCAUCUCUUCGCUUGCGGAAAUGGCCCUUAAACUUUCCAAUACCAGAGUUUAGUUUUGGUGUGCAGUUUCAGUUAGAGAGAGCCCAACAAGAAUAUGUAAACAAUGGGACUCUCUUAGACCCGAGCCCAAAACUCAAAUCUGACAUAUUAGAUAUGUUGGCCUCAGAAAUUGCAAAAUACAAAGUUUAUCCCUCAAGUGCAGAUAUUGAUGAUGUUGCUGAAGCAUUAAUACAAAAAUAUCCCUUUCUCAAAGAGACUGGAUCUGUGACAGGCUGUGAAGGCUGGAAAGUAAGCAUCAGAUACAAAAUGGCCAAUUAUCGUACCACGCUGAGAAACAUAGGGUGCCCAGAGGUGGCAAUAAACACUCUACAACACAAGAGAGAACGAGAGGAGAGUCCAUGUCGAAACAAAGUAAAAAAAGCACGGAAAGCGGAAGUGAACUUCUUACCGCAAUACCCUGCAGGAGAAACAAAGGAAAGUCUGGAGGAAGAACGGCAAGCACUACUGAUGGAGGUGAAGAAAACAAACAAUGAUCAAAUAAUCAAAACAAAGAUGGAUAAGACGUUUGCACACCGAAGAAGAGAGGUGAUUGAAGAGAUGCCGUUCAUUGCGGAGUUCAAGAGCAGAUGGCCCGCCCUCUUCAAAGUACAUGAGAUCAAUGCGGAGUUCACCCGAAUCACCACCGUUCCACUGCUGUCCACAUUCAUGAGCAGUCUCGACCACUACUCUGACCAGCUGAUGAAGAUUUUACGGAAAAAAGGAGGGGAACCAGCACGGUGGAUUGCUGCAGUGAUGUCUCCAAUUGGACAGUUUUGGCUUCAGUUCUGGACUUGGUGCUGA